AUGUCGAUUCGCGCCCGGUUAGCGCCGAGGUUACGCCCUCUCUUCUCCGUGACGAUAUCACGAACGUUCGCAAGUACAGUACCGAGACAGACCGCAGAAGAAUGGCCGCAGAGAUCCCCACUAGGCCCAUACUACGAGCAAAUACUCAACAACCCCUCUUUGAUACCCCAAGAGAAGCCAGAAGAUCCUCCAAACACCGCAGACCCCGAGGUCCUCCCGCCCGAGAAGAAGCAACCAGCCGACUCAACAACAGCAGCAGCAGCUCAGCCGCAGACGCCAGAGGAGCGCGUCAAGAUCAUAUUUGGCUCUCGGCUGCUUGGACCUAUCGAGCAGGCCGACCGCCUCGCCGCGCGAAAGGCGCAAUCGACAUUGAUAGCCGGCGUCCUCGUGCCCCCCAAGCCAGAGGAGCCGGACAACUGCUGCAUGAGCGGCUGCGUCAACUGCGUAUGGGACCGGUUCCGCGACGAGAUGGAGGAGUGGUCACUCAAAAACAACGAGGCGCAGGCGGCUCUGCAAAAGGUUGAGGGGUCGAUGGACUCGGACGGUGGCGGGUCAGAGAGCAACUGGACCGCACCAGCGCCGGCCGUCGGCGACACCAAGAUCGCAAAGGACUUUUGGGACGAGAGGCUGUACGAGAGCGUGCCGGUUGGCAUCAGAGAGUUUAUGAAGCAGGAGAAGCGACUCAAGGAGAGACAUGCUAGAGAGGGCACGGUGGGUGGUUAG